CGUAUUUCACAUAGAGGUUGGGGAUUUCUUCCAACUCCCAUCAAUUUAUUCCAAAUGUUUCAAGUUUCACGGGUUAUUUGCUAUAAUCGAUAGUCGAUUUUAAAGUGACACCAUGGUUUAAAAUUCAGACAACCGAUUUUGAAUAAUAAUUACUUUUAGUUGGGUGAAACAACUUGUAAACCCGUGCAACAACCGACUGACCGAGAAAACGAAAGUGACAGAACGUCGAACUUUAAUCUGUGUUUACUCAUGAGGUGCUGUAGAUGAUCCCGGACUAAGGGAUCUCCAGACCGAAGAGUCAGGCUCUUCUUUGAACUGUUGUGAAAAUGGAAGCAGGAAGUUGAGAUGUAACAAGGACAAUGAACUCUGUUACACGAACAGUUCAGGAUAAAGUGUCCCAGAAUGUUGGUGGUCGGAGUAUGGUGUUUGACUGUGAAGGUCCAGUCAAUGCCAUCACAACUAACAAGGACUCCAGUCUUGUAGUGGCAGCGGGCAGGACAGUGUUUCGGAUACUAGCUAUAGAAGAUGGCCACUUCGAAGAGCGCUUGAACCUCAGGGUGGGGAAAGCCAAGAACUCCAACCUCAACUACUCCGCUGCAGAUGUCGCAUGGAACCACCAAGAUGAAAACAUCCUUGCAUCUGCAGCAACAAAUGGGUCAGUUGUGAUCUGGGAUUUGAACAGGCCUACUCGUUUAAAACAAGAACAUGUGUUUGCGGAUCACAAGCGUUCCGUGAACAGGGUCAACUUUCACAGUGGAGAACACCAGCUUCUCAUCAGCGGAUCUCAAGAUGGCAAUGUCAUCCUCUUCGAUGUGAGGAAGAAAUCGGUGAGUUCGAGGUUCGUGGCAAAAGGAUCGGAGAGUGUGCGAGAUGUCCAGUUCUGUCCAAACAGCUACUUCACAUUUGGUGCCACCUACGACAACGGCAAUGUCCAGAUCUGGGACAUGCGUCGACCUGACCGGUAUGAGAGUGUAUUCACGGCCCACUCCGGACCAGUCUUCUCCCACGACUGGCACCCUGAGGACAAGAACUGGAUGGCAACUGCCGGGCGGGACAAACUCAUACGGGUCUGGGACAUUUCCCGUAUGCCGGCCAAGCUGAUGUUUAACAUACAGACAAUUGCGUCAGUGGCCCGGGUGAAGUGGCGUCCACAGCGCCGCUACCACCUCGCCAGCUGCUCCCUCCUCCUCGACCACGACGUGAACAUCUGGAACCUCCACCGGCCCUACAUCCCCUUUGCCUCCUUCGACGAACAUAAAGACGUCACCACAGGUAUUGUGUGGCGUGACGACAACCACUUCUUCCUCAGCUGUAGCAAGGACGGCCAUGUUAUACAGCACAUGUUCAAGGACGCCAAGCGGCCUGCUGACAAUGUGGUUCCGUCUGGGAUCGACAUCAACAUCACCGGGGAGAUCUCUCAUGCUUACUACGACAAACCCGAAUCCAGUGCCAAGUCAGGACAGACCACACGCCUGUUCUUCCGCAAACAGCCUGACCGCAGUGAACAGUUCACCCAGAUCAGCAGCCACAUGUUCCUGUUCUCGGCAGAGGAAUGUCUGUCCAUGAGGUGGUUUGUCCAGGCAGCCCUAGGGUAUCGUGUGACCGGAGGGUCUGUCACAGAACUCUGUGACUGGAACAUGAAGGUGGCCAGGUCCAUCGGACUCAGCAGUGUGGUCCAGAUGUGGGGGAUGCUCAAGGUGAUGUUCGGGGCAGCCACGCAGAGCAUCAUUCACGUGGCAAAGCUGGUGCAGAGCUCUGGAGAUAAACAGGACACAGAAAAAGGUUCCUUGAAGCAGAUUGGUGCAAGUAAACCCUUGGCUAAGAGCAAUAGCGAAAAGAUUGGAGACUCAGACAUUGAGAAGACAGCAACCGAGAUGACAUCCGGCAACAGCGAUGACUCCUCAGACUCAGAGAGUUCGGAACCACGGGAAAUGACCGACAUAGCUAGCGGGCUGGCCAGCAAACACACCGGGGAUUUCUUCUUCGGGGAUGGAGAGCAGGAUGUCCUUGGAUUCAGCAUCGACUACGUGUCUCGCCUCGAGAAACCAGAGAAGGACUGGACUCUUCCUAGUGAGGCAUUCCAACCACGUCAUGAGAUCUCUGACCGCACGACCCCUCCAGAACAGAUGGAGAGCAGACAUGACAGUUUAAUUAGCUCAGGAAAUGCCACAGACAUCAUCACACGUACCGUGCCUUCGGAGUCUGAGGAGCAAGACUUCCUCCUCUCUGUGUCCAAGAUUCCAAAUAUGUCUGCUCUGAAUGCAAAGAACGAUGUUGCUCAACUUCUCAGAGACUUUGCAGAGCAGGGUGAUGUGCAGACUCCGGUGUCUGUUCUGUUGGUCCUGGGAGACAGAGUGACAUCCAUCAUAGAUGAACAAACUCAGGAAAACUGGUUCCAUUGUUAUAUAGAAAUGCUAGGCAGAUAUAAACUCUGGUCCAAAGCGAAUGAAGUGAUCAAGUUAAGCCACCUGCCCGCAGUGAAGUAUUUGAACCAGGAGUCCACAACAAUUAACAACCUAUGUGCCAAGUGUAACCGUGGUCUGCAGAGGAACCGCUGGCUGUGCGAGAGAUGCAGACUCGCGGCCAACCUCUGUAGUAUAUGUCACCACCCAGUGAAAGGCCUGUUUGCCUGGUGCCAGGGCUGCUGCCACGGGGGGCACCUGAAGCACAUGAAGCAGUGGCUGGAGACAAGCAAGUACUGCCCCACAGGCUGUGGCCACAGGUGUGAGUACUCCUGACAGGAUCAGCAAGCACUUCCCCACAGGCUGUGGCCACAGGAUCAGCAAGUACUGCCCCACGGGCUGUGGCCACAGGAUCAGCAAGCACUUCCCCACAGGCUGUGGCCACAGGUGUGAGUACUCCUGACAGGAUCAGCAAGUACUGCCCCACAGGCUGUGGCCACAGGUGUGAGUACUCCUGACAGGAUCAGCAAGUACUGCCCCACAGGCUGUGGCCACAGGUGUGAGUACUCCUGACAGGAUCAGCAAGCACUGCCCCACAGGCUGUGGCCACAGGUGUAAAUACUCCUGACAGGAUCAGCAAGUACUGCCCCACAGGCUGUGGCCACAGGUGUGAGUACUCCUGACAGGAUCAGCAAGCACUGCCCCACAGGCUGUGGCCACAAGGGGCAGCAAGCAUUGCAGCACAGGCGUGAAUACUUCUUUAAAUUUCCUUAACUUGCCUCUCAGGAGUAUCCUACAAUCUCCCGACAGCAGGAAUAUAAUGCACAUAUGUGAUAGAACCUUCUGAGACAAUCCUGACAGGAACCAUGAGAAUCUUUGACUUCCAGGAGAGUUAUGGAUAUGAUCCUGACAGAAGCCGAAUGAUAAAACAUCUGGCAGAACAAGCAUCCUCACAACAGGCCGCCCCUCAUCAACCCUGACUAGAGAGUAACGUCCAGAUGCUUCUGCCAGAAGGCCUUCUCAGCACCUCGGGGGCGGUCGGGUAGCCUAGUGGUUAAAGCGUUCGCUCGUCACGCCGAAGACCCGGGUUCGAUUCCCGACAUGGGUACAAUGUGUGAAGCCCAGUUCUGGUGUCCCCCGCCGUGAUAUUGCUGGAAUAUUGCUAAAAGCGGUGUAAAACCAUACUCACUCACUCUCAGCACCUCACUACACCACUGAUGACAGCGAUGACACUGGGAAUGUCCUGAACAUGGACACGUCAAAGUGUUGUUGAUCUCAAUGUUAUCUCAUAGCAUGAACUGCAUCCAUAGAGAAACUCACCGGAGUGUCCUUUGAUAUAAAAUAUAUCAACACGAGUUCAUGAAAGUGGAAAAACUCUGAGGCUCACCCAUGAGUGUUGAUAUAUUUUAUAUCGAAAGACACGAGGGUGAGAUUUUAUUUAUCAUCCAAUAUCAUUCUUAAAUUGAAAUAUGCGAAAAGAGAAAUCAGUGAUACAAUGUAGAUAUUGCUUGAUCUCAUCCAACCGAUAUCGCCUGUGGGAACCUGUUUUGAAUGAUAAAUCAUGUUAACUCCACUUGGGGUAUUUUUGAAACCUCUAUACACUAGGUGCAGAUGGGUUAGCUUCGUGAUCUGAGGACCUGGGUUGAAAUCUUGUCAGUUUAUACCUGAGACAGUUAUACCUAAAACCAACAAGUAUGGAUUUGGUGUUUAUUGAGGAUCGGACUGUCUCAGGUAAGGUCUCAGUUCUAAACAUUGAUUCUGAUAAAAACUGAAUCCCCCCAAGUUUUGAGAUAAAUUCCCAAUUGUAAAAUGGUGGCAUGCUCAAAGAGAAGUCCCAGUGCUAGAAGUUUAAUGAAAACAUCACACAAUGUGGAGAGCACCACCUCGCCACGCAAGAAAGGUUUUGAUCAAGAACUAUUUGUUGCAUAUUCUACUCAAAACAAGUCAAGGCCACACUUUCUUUUAACUUGCUUUGUGUAUCCGCCAACUGUAAAUUUUGUUCAAAAGGAAAAAAUAAUUCUGAAUUUUGCUUUCUUUUAUCCCGCUGAUAAGCUGAUAGGAUAUUGCACUAAAAAGAUAUUUUCUCAACAAGGACCCACUGAAAUUGACGUGUAUUAUCAGGCGAGUCAAAAUAAAGUUUUUCCUGAAAUUGAAUAGGAUGGAAGCUGCAUGACAGUAUCAUUAUUCCUACUAUCACCCACCAACAGGUAAUUUCCUGUCAAAAAAAAGCAGCAAAGCAAGUAGAAAAAAGUGUGAACACCCACAACUAGAAGGCUGUGUGUUGCAGUCCCGCCAGCCAUGACAGGUUUACUUUAUUCAUAUGAAAGAAUUGGGUGCUUUUAACUAUUUUGAGUAGUAUACUAGUAUUUUAUCUCAUUUUACCUACAAUAGACAUGCAGUUCAUUUUCAGAGUAAGACUAGGAUUAGAGCUGUUAAGCUAACUGGAUAAUUCCAGAAUGGUUGAGUUUUGUUGGAAGAAAGUUUGCAGACAUGUUAAGCCUCGCUAUCCCUGAACUUAGGAAGUAAGAUUGUUAACGGACAUCAAACUUCGGAACUGCUACCAGCAACUACAGAGAUUAGGCGAUUAUUUGUUUUAGUUGGUACAGAAUUUUCUUUUGUUCUUACAGUGUCAGUGGGGGAAAGAAAUUAAAAAACAAAACAGCUGCCUUCAUGAGGCACAUGAAUGUCGACACUUUCCCACCUAAACGACUGCGCAAAUGGAUAUGCCCUAUCGAAGGGAGAUAAUUCCUAUCGGUCUCCACUGCUUCAAACGUUGUAUGUUUCUAGGUUUGUCAGUACCAUACCCGUGCUCGUGGGUUUCACCGAAGUGGUAAACGCCUGAAACCUGCAUCACUUCGGGCUUUCCUCCCACAUUAAGCAGUCACGCCGUGAUAUAACUGGAAUACUGUUAAAAGCUGCGUUAAACCCAACUCACUCACUCACUCACUCACUCACUCAAACGUUGUAGCAAACACGUUGCUAUAUAUAUUUCACAAUGAGUCCUCUUUUGAACACAAACUAAUUUGAGUGAUAUUUCAUGUUAGUUUAUUUUUUCAUAUCAUUAAAGACAGCAGUAUUAUAUAAAUAACCUGAAAAAAUCUUUUCAUUUUUUUUAUUUUGCUAUUUUCAUGUUGGCGAAUCUGUAAACCACACACACAAAUUAAUCGCCGCAAUCUUAUUAAAAUGAGAUCUUAGUUCUCAUUACCGUUAAACAAAGUUGGUUCAGUGGUAGCGAGAAUGAAGAUCUGAUUUUAAUGAGAUUGGAAUCGCCUUUGUUUGCUAUGAAUACCAUUUACCUCUAAGCCUGGCUGUACAUCUGGAGUCAGAUAGCUGACCGUGGGAUGCCUCAUGCGGAGUACUUUCCUGUACUGAACCCUCGUCACUCACUGGGGACGCUCGUCACGCUGAAGACCCGGGUUUGGUUCCCGACAUGGGUACAAUAUGUGAAGCCCAUUUCUGGUGUCCCCCGCCGUGAUAUUCCUGGAAUAUUGCUAAAAGCGGCGUAAAGCCAUACUCACUCACUCAUCACUCACUGAAGCUUUAAAGCUAAUGUCACAAAUAUUGUGGUUACAAUUUCUCGCAAUAUUUAAAAUAUCCGAGUUUCGAUAUCCUCUCAUGAAUACAAAUUGUGAAGCUAUAUCCUAAUCAUGAUUGAUGUUAAGUUUUCCUGGAUUUCAAACAGAAUUAGUUAUUUUUCUUAAGAAAAUUUAAUUCAUUUCUAAAAUCCAUAAUUUAUUAAAAUAAUUGUUAGUUCAUAUACUCAUGACUCCAUCAAGUAUGUAACGAAACACAGCACCAAAGAUCUAACCGUAUAUAUUUUUACAUUGCACUGUCAACUGGAUAUUUUUAACAAGGUGUUAUCUGUGCUGCAGCCUGUCAAGGAAUCGGAAUGAGAGUGUGUAGUUUUGAAGCAAUCUGAUUACGGUCACAAAAAGUACCUGUUCUACUCUUUUGUAAAGUAAGUCUUAACUGUGAAACAGUAUUGUUCUUCUUGGGCAAAUGCAAGUUCAUCUUAGACCUUCUUCUCCCCACCAUGUGUGUCCCGGAGAACUUGGUAUAGAACGUGUAUGUUUAGGAAACCUUACGCGGGAUCCUGCUACAACAGAUUUAUUUUACCGACAUGUUUCAAUAUGACAUUGUAAAAGAAUUAAACAAAUUCAAUAUUUAUAGGAAACGGCUGUUUAAUUGAACUGAGGUUAACUUGUGCUAUGUCAAUUGACUUCCAUUGACUUGGAAAAAGCAUGCAGCUUUUCGCUUCAUAGCGAUAUGAGGGAUUUAUUCUCCCUGUCAGAAAUCCACUUGCAACUUGUGUUGUUCAUGUUGGGGUAUAAGGGAUAUAUUCUCCUGCUGAGAAAUUUAUUUCCCUCCAAGGCGGGAUACACAGAAUGUUAUCAAGAUCACGCGAACCAAUCAGAUCUCAUCAUUCUGACAUGGAGGUAUGAUAAUUUCAGUUGUAGCCUUUUGAAGGGUACAUUUUGAGUCGUAUAAGUUUCACAUAGACUUGCUACUUUAUCCAAUGAUUAUUUUUAUGCUAUUUAUUUCAAUUUUCAAAUUGAAGUUGAAGUAAAUAAAUCAAAUCAGUUUAACACUGUUAACCGAACUAUUUCAGUCAAACGACAGCCAGUCUUGUGUCAUCAUUCGUGAUAUAUAUUCCCUUUACACCAAGAUGAUUUGUGCUAUUCCCGUCUCUCUCUCAGAAUGAUUAUUUCAGGGUCAUUCAUGGCCCACUUGUCUGAGGUGCUGCAAACCCAGGGCAGAGUUGUGUCCCUUAGCCAUGCCAGGAUACCCUGGUGUGGAUUUGAAUCCCAGAUGUGCCCCGAUUAUGAUUCUUAGUCUGUCUGCACAUCAUGGAAUUAUGGAUUUUGUCAGAAUUGUAGCAGUCUGUGACUUGUAUCUCUCUAUGUUUCUUUUAAUGAGCUCUUUUUAUAAUCAACAUCUUUGACCUGUGAUCCCAGUGAUAUGGCUGUGUUUGUUUUUUUCUUUCUUUGUUACUUUGUCCUUUAUUACUGUUUGUUUGUUGUUUAUCGCCACACUCAGCAAUAUUCCAGCAAUAUGACG